AUGGCGGCAGACUCCUAUGAUGCCGACGAUGUCCUCGACAACCGCAUAUGUGGUGGCAGGCUCUGCGAGGAAGUCGGAGCGGAGCAGAAAGGAGACGCCAUCCUGGGAGCCGCCACUCGAGAGCUCUCUGGUAGCCUUGAGGAAGUCGAAGGCGAGGCGGAAGUUGCGGUGGCAGCUGCAGGCCGUGCAGCGGAGGGACUCGAGUAUGCCGUUGUCUCCGGUGAGGAUGAACUCGCCUCAGCCGUCGACGGCAUGGCCGUCGAUGCCGAAUGCGUGGUUCUUGAGGCACUCUCGAUAGUGGGGCUUUCUCGGUGGUAG